AUGAGAUCAGUCUCUCCGCUGGCACGCUCGAACGAAGCGCACAACGAUAAGUACAGGUGCUCUAUUUCGGGAUUCCGACACGAUAAGCUGGGCCUCCUGCAGCUCUCGGUCCAAUAUCUUAAGAAUGGCAUGAGUGACCGCAAAGACAUGGUAUGAAGGCUUUCCCGCAACUGGUUUGAGCUGCACCUCAGCUUGUAUAGGCUCGAUGUGCCAAAAGCUUCACGUCAUUCUGGUGUUCUCGACAUAGUAUUUCAGUAGGCGCCGUCUGCUUCUUCAUGAGGUCAACUAGCUCCUCUAGUGCAUUCUGUUAUCCACGGCUAAUCGCUGCGAUUGUACUGGAUAACGAGGAACGCCGUGUUCCGAACGCGCUCGGAGUGGCUCGCAUUCCUCAAAACGAUCUCAGUUCUUCCAUC